CGUGCACGUCAUAGCGCGUGGAUCUGCUGGGAAUCAACUGGCGUGGGUGGCGCUAAAGUCCGCAUGUUGAGCCCGUGUAAUAUCCGCCUUGGGGUUGUUCAGUACCGUUCUGGGGGGAACGCUAGUCAGUGGUGCGUUUAUUUAUCAUCAUCAUAUUUCGCGGCCGAAACUCUGAACACGACCGCCGAUCGACCAAGACCCAAAGUGGUGAUCGAGUCUGCAAAAUGGUGGUGGACAAAAGCCGGUGGGCAGUAAGCACUAUGAUGAUAUUCUUUUUGACAUGUUUGUCGAUUUUGGCUGUGUCCGGUUCCGACACUUGGCAAAAACCUGGCUGUCACAAAGUAGGUCACACGAGGAAGAUCAGCAUACCAAAUUGCGUGGAGUUCCGUAUCACAACGAACGCAUGUCGAGGAUAUUGUGAAUCGUGGGCAGUUCCGUCGCCAACCGAUACUUUAAUCAUAAACCCGCACCAGAGCAUCACAUCUGUAGGACAAUGUUGCAACAUUAUGGAUACCGAAGACGUGGAGGUCAAUGUUCUUUGUUUGGAAGGCGUUAGAAAGUUGGUGUUCAAAUCGGCCAUUAGUUGUUCUUGUUACCACUGUAAGAAAGAUUAAUCAUCCUAGAAGUGCACCGUAAAACCUUUAAGAUAAAUACAAUACCAUUUUUUAAUAAUUAGAACCUACGAACAUCGAAGAAUAUCUAAUUAUAAUACUUAUGUAAUAUUCUCUGCUCAUAGUUACCUUUACCAUUAUGUUACUUGCAGUUUAUUGUUUAUAAAUACUUCGCGUAACAUAUUUAUUGCCUUUGUUUUACCUGAAAUAGAAAUAAUAA